UGGCUUAAAGCCAUAUACCGAACCGAACCGAACCGAUAUGUAGGGUUUUUUAAUUAUUUCGGAACACUCUGAUCGAAGGAAAAUAACCUCAUUAAUUUAUUUCCACUAUACGUGAAGAUACAAAAUCGGUUGUCAUUGAUAAAAUAUUGAAUAAUAUAAUACAUUUUUUCUGCAAUGUCAUCCAAUAACGAAGAGACGCAAUUUAAAAUAUAUAAUGACGAUUCACGAAUUCCUUGUCAAUACGGUACAAAAUGUUAUCAAAAAAAUCCGCAACAUCUCAGCAAAUAUAAACACCCGCCAAAAGAGGAAACGGUAAAGCAAAAGAAGGAAAUGCUAAUCACUGGUGUAAAAAGAAAGAAUCUUGUAAAAAAUGAUAGGAAGAAAGCAGAAUCCAAAAAUCCACUAAAGAAAUUGCAAAAAAUAAACGAUAGUGUUGAAAGAAAUGUACAUAAUCUUUCGCCGAGUUCAGAAAGCGACGAAAUGAAAAGCAGUGAUGAGGAUAACAAUCAACAUUUAAAUACAAACAUAGAAAUAUUAAGUAAUGAUAAAAAUAUGACAAUUAUAGAGAUAAAUAAAUUAAAUGAAUAUCAUUGUUCUUCUAAUUCUGCUGAGUUUAAUGCAGGUGAAAAUUUAUCAAUAUCUGAUAUUGAUGCUCAAAAAAUCAUCACAGAAUUAUUUUUGGUUGAGAUGCCAAAAGAUUUCUAUCAAUUUUAUGAAUUUUGUAAAAGUAUAUCGAAAGAUAAUCCUCUUUUGGCACUUAAAUCUGUUUGUUUAAAGCUUGUGGGGCCAUAUGAUAUAUUGGGAGGUAAGAUAAAAAAUUUGACAAGUGAAAAAGAUAAAGAAAAAUAUUUGACACAUUGGAGAUAUUAUUAUGACACACCAGAAUUUCAGACUAUUAUAAUGUGUGACAAUAAAGAAGGGUUACAUUUUGGUUACUGGCGAGAUGAUGCUACAGAAAAACCUGUGUUUGUAGCAAAGAAUUGUGAAAAUAUUAGUUGUGUAUUUGAAUCUAUUGCAGAAAAUAUAUUUGGUGCUAUUGAUACUUAUCUACAAGGCAAAGUAAAAUCAGCCAAUCCAUUCGAAAAGACCAGCAUAAUCCGUUUACAUUCAAAAUUAAAGAACUUUGCCAAACAGCAUGACAUAACUUUAGAAAAAAACACUGUAGAUAUGCGUUCAAGAGAAAGGAAAGUUGUAGCACGUACCUUUCAUAAAGCAGGUAUUGUAGUCCCAUAUGAUAAGAAGACUCAAUUGGGUUAUAGAGAUUUAGCAGCAACAGAUAAUAUAUUACAAAAGAUAUUGAAGCAAAUAGAAGAGGCUGACACUCAAGAGAAAAGGAAGACAUCAAUCACGCAACUCGAUGAGAUUGUGAGGUUGGCGACGAUAGCUGCAGAUGAAUGCGACUUUGGUACUUGUUUAGAGCUGGGACAUGAUCUCUUCUCAAACGGCAGCAUCCACGUACAAGGCAGGGCCUUACAGAUGUUAUCCAUUGCUUACACCCAUUUACAAAGACCUCAGCUGUUAGAAAUAUUGAAAGCGCACUUGAAGGACAGAAGGAAAGGCUGCAAAUUAAGUGUGAUUUAAAAACUUAUUUAUUUACGUGUUUUAUAUAAAAAUGGAAAACAUUAACAGCUAUAUAUAUAUUUUAAGUCAAACUUUGAUGUCCUAUUAAAUUGUACUACAUCCAGCUAUGAUCCCUUAUUGGAGUUUAUUUUGUGUUUUGUUAUUGACAUCGUGAUUACAUAUAUAAAUUCAAAUUAAUAUUUUUAAUAAAAAUCUAGAACCAUUGAGAAGAUGAUUUAAUUUCGUAAACAAUAAGAUAAAUGUAACUGUAAAAAUAUACAA